AUGGCCAAAGACAACUCAGGCGAAAAGUCUGCAAAGGCUAAUGCGGUUGGUGAAGAACUAGCUGCUGUCUUACCAAACGACGGGCCAUGGUACAAGCAGAAACAUCUCAUCAAGCUCAACUUUUGCAUUCUUUCGCUCAUCAUGUUUUCUUCAUCUAACGGAUACGACGGGAGCUUGAUGAAUGGGUUGUUGGCCCUGCCCCAGUGGCAUGGCUUCAUGGAUAGUCCAACGGGUGCGUGGUUGGGAUUCAUCAACGCGAUCUACUCGCUCGGCAGUGUCAUCGUCUACCCCACCGCGGCAUGGAUCUGCAACAAAUACGGUCGAAAGCUCGGCAUCUGGAUUGGAUAUUCCUUCCUCGUUCUUGGAACCGCCUUGCAGACGGCAGCUAAUGGCGACGUUGCCUUUGUUUUGGCUCGAUUGUUCCUGGGCUCUGCCUCGGGAUUCUUCCUUUCGGUGCCGCUCCUCAUCGCCGAGAAUGCCUACCCUCCUCAACGCGGCGUUGCCUCCAGUCUGUACAACUGUGGCUGGUACGUAGGCUCUGUUGUUGCUGCAUGGACGACUUUUGGCACAAGAAACAUGGAUCACUGGUCCUGGAGGAUCCCAUCUCUGCUGCAGAUUGCCAUUCCUCUCGCCGCAUUGCCAGGCUUCCUCAUGAUUGACGAGUCCCCUCGAUGGCUCGUAUCUGUCGAUCGGGUAGAAGAAGCACGGAGAAUCCUUGCUAAGAUCCAUACCGGAGGAGACAUGAAUGCGCCGCUCAUCGCAUUUGAGAUGACCGAAAUCGAAGCGACACUCAGGGCCGAAAAGGAAGCCAGUGACUCCACCUCGUGGUCUGACCUGUAUAGCACUCCUGGUAACAGGCACCGUCUGUUCAUCAGCGUCAGCCUAGGAAUCUUUGCACAGUGGAGUGGUAAUGGGGUCGUCAGUUAUUAUUUGGCCAUGGUCUUGGAAACCGUGGGAAUCAAAUCUGUCACAGACCAGACCUUGAUUUCAGCAUGCCUCCAACUUUGGAACCUCAUCUGGGCCUCCACCGCUGCGGCACUCGUUGACAAAGUUGGCCGCCGAGCUUUGUUUCUAGCUUCUGGAACCAUUAUGCUAAUCUCGUAUAUCAUCAUCACGGGCCUUUCGGCAGGAUUUGCUGCGACCCAGAAUUCUUCGACGGGUAUCGCCGUUAUCCCUUUUCUUUUCGUCUACUUCUUUGGAUAUGACAUCGCCCUCACUCCACUUCUGGUUGCCUAUCCUGUCGAGAUUUGGCCCUACAGCCUGCGUGCCAAGGGGCUCUCAGUUACCUUUCUGACUACGCUUGCCGCAGUCUUCUUCAACAUAUUCGUCAACCCCAUUGCGCUUGACGCCAUUCAGUGGAAGUACUACUUCGUGUUCAUCAUUGUCUUGGUGGCAAUGCUCGUGACGGUCUGGUUUUACUACCCCGAAACUCGAGGUCAUACUCUAGAGAACAUGGCCUGGAUUUUUGAUGGGGAUAGAGCAGCCGCUACCGUUACCAUGGCGGAGGACGCGAUCAAGAUGAGUAACAUGACUCAUCUGGAGAAGGCGGAGAGUGCGGACGGGCCAAAGGCCAGAUAA